UAAAAAAAAAAAGACAAUAAUCUCUCUCUCUCUCUAUUAUAUCAUCAGUCCCUUCUCUGUCGGUCACUCACAGUCCACUCACCUCACUCUCACUGUCUGCUCUCUCCAAUGGCCGCCACUUCUCUCCCCUUCCUCCUCUUCCUCUUCACGUUCUUCAAAUUUUCAGCUUCGCAAACCGCCGAUCAAACACUCAAGACCUUCCUUUUCCGAGUAGACAGAAACUCCAAGCCGUCGAUUUUCCCGACCCAUUAUCACUGGUACGCAUCGGAGUUCGCAGACCCACCUCAGAUCCUCCACGUAUACGACACCGUCUUCCAUGGCUUCUCCGCAUCUCUCACCCCUCACCAAGUCGCCUCCAUCUCCAGCCACCCUUCAGUCCUCGCCGUGAUCGAGGACCAGCGCAGACACCUCCACACCACUCGCUCCCCUCAAUUUUUGGGGCUCAGAAACCAGCGCGGGCUCUGGUCCGAAUCUGACUACGGCUCCGACGUUAUCGUCGGAGUCUUCGACACCGGAGUCUGGCCAGAACGCCGGAGCUUCUCGGAUAAGCAUCUCGGUCCGAUUCCCAGACGCUGGAGAGGGGUUUGCGAAACCGGAGUGAAAUUCGCGAAAAGUAACUGCAACAGGAAGCUGGUAGGAGCUCGGUUCUUCAUCAAGGGACACGAGGCGGCGGCCAACGCCGGCGGGCCGAUAUCCGCCAUCAACGACACUGUCGAGUACCGGUCCCCGCGAGACGCCGACGGCCAUGGAACACACACCGCCUCCACGGCGGCUGGCAGGUACGCCUUCGAGGCCAGCAUGUCUGGUUACGCCUCCGGCAUUGCCAAAGGCGUCGCUCCGAAAGCUCGGUUGGCCGUUUACAAGGUCUGCUGGAAAGAAUCUGGUUGCUUCGACUCCGAUAUAUUGGCCGCCUUCGACGCCGCCGUUAACGACGGCGUGGAUGUCAUCUCCAUUUCCAUCGGAGGCGGCGACGGCAUAUCGUCUCCGUAUUAUCUCGAUCCGAUCGCAAUCGGCUCGUACGGCGCCGUUGCGCACGGUGUGUUCGUGUCGUCGUCGGCAGGCAACGACGGUCCAAACGGCAUGUCGGUGACGAACCUCGCCCCGUGGCUUACGACGGUGGGUGCGGGCACCAUCGAUCGGAAUUUCCCGGCGGUUGUGAUUUUAGGCGACGGGCGGAGGCUAAACGGCGUGUCGUUGUACGCUGGAUCGCCUCUGAAAGGCAAGAUGUACCCUGUCGUUUAUCCCGGGAAAUCCGGCAUGCUCUCUGGUUCGCUGUGCAUGGAGAAUUCCCUGGACCCCCGCGAGGUUAGGGGCAAAAUCGUAAUUUGUGACCGGGGGAGCAGCCCCCGCGUGGCUAAAGGUUUGGUCGUGAAAAAAGCUGGCGGCGUGGGGAUGAUCCUGGCUAACGGAAUCUCUAACGGCGAGGGUCUCGUCGGCGACGCUCAUCUUAUUCCCACUUGCGCUGUUGGUGCAGACGAGGGUGAUGCAGUUAAGUCGUACGUGUCGUCCACUAAGACGCCCACGGCGACGCUCGAUUUCGAAGGCACUGUGAUCGGAAUCAAACCGGCUCCAGUUGUGGCUUCGUUCUCGGGUCGUGGGCCGAACGGGUUGAACCCGGAGAUUCUCAAGCCGGACCUGAUUGCUCCCGGAGUUAACAUUUUAGCUGCUUGGACAGACGCGGUGGGGCCCACUGGCCUGGAAACCGACAGUCGAAAAACGGAGUUUAAUAUAUUGUCUGGGACUUCCAUGGCGGCCCCACACGUGAGCGGAGCCGCGGCUUUGCUCAAGUCGGCUCACCCGGAUUGGAGCCCAGCUGCCAUAAGAUCGGCUAUGAUGACCACAGCGAGCGUGACCGAUAAUCGAAAUCAGACCAUGACUGAUGAGGCCACUGGAAAGGCCUCCACGGCUUAUGAUUUGGGUGCGGGUCAUUUGAAUCUGGGCCGGGCCAUGGAUCCCGGGCUUGUUUAUGAUAUCACCAAUGACGAUUAUGUUCGGUUUCUAUGUUCGGUCGGGUACGGGCCCCGAGUGAUCCAGGUGAUCACACGGACCCCGCUCAAUUGCCCGGCCAAGAAGCCCUCGCCGGAGAAUCUCAAUUACCCAUCGAUUGCGGCGUUGUUUUCAACCGCGGGUAAGUCGAGUAAGACGUUUAUCCGGACCGUGACAAAUGUGGGCCAGCCCAACGCGGUGUACCGGCCCAGGAUCGAGGCCCCGAGAGGGGUGACCGUAGCGGUGAAGCCGUCGAGGCUGGUGUUUAACGAGGCCGUGAAGAAGCGGAGCUUCAUAGUGACGGUUGGAGUAGAUAGGAAGAAUGUGGUGUUUGGUGAGGCGGGUGCUGUGUUCGGGUCGCUCUAUUGGAGCGAUGGGAAGUAUGUGGUUCGGAGCCCCAUUGUGGUGACCCAAAUGGAUCCCUUGUAAAUCGGAGGGAGGAUCAAAACACGUCGUUUUGAUCUUUCGUAAAGGUAGAUGUACAAGUUGUGUGUUUACCUAUAGGCCCAAGAGCUGGUUUUGGAGGGUUGGUGUAGUGUGAAAUUUUCCUUUUUUUUUUUUUUUUUCUUUUUCUUUUCUUUAAAUUAUAAAAUCUCCAAGUUCGUUUA